CAUCAGCGAGCGGGCACGCCUGACGCCAGCGACUCCAUAGCGACGACGGGGCCUUCGUUUGUCGCCGUGGCAACGGGCCGCCGUCCAGGCUUGUUCAUUAGGGCGCUGCGGGGGAUGAGAGGAAAGGAGAAAUCAAGGCUCUGGCUUCCCGCCGCCGUCAAAUAUUAACCCCGACGUCAACGUCGGCGCCAACGUCCCCUAAAGGUCGUCGCGGCUGCGGAAAUCUCAACCGGGGGACCGGCUUGCGGGCUUUGUAUGGAACCGGUGCUGACUGGCCACAUUGGAAGCAAUGUUCAUCCUGAAAAGAAAAGCCUUUUCAUUGAAAUCAAUUUGAGCGGACGUGACAACGGGCGCCUGCCCGGCCAAUGGCUGGCGACCCACCGGUUCAGGGCGUAGGCUCCGGCCCGCGAUCGGACGAUCGGAUGGACGGACGGACCUAGAUGCGUCCGAGUUAAGCAAGUAGCAGUGCUCGGAAGUGCGGAGGCGUCUUCACGUUUGCAGCAGGUGGCAAAAAUCUUCCCUAAUGGAAAUGUGCUAAUGAAGUGCGCUUAAUUGCCAGUGUUUACUUUGGAUGGUUUUAUGGCCACCCAGCCUUUCAGGGCCAAUCAGCGCUAAUGGAUUUCAGCCCGCAACAUUCCUGCAUCUCCGCGCGCUCGCCUGUCCAAGGAAGGUGCCAGGGGGCGGGGCGGCAGCCUUCAAAAGGCCCGCGUCUGGACCCCGAGCCGCAAAGCAGAGCACGGGCACCGCCGGAAGCGAGAACCACAGCCGCAGACCCGAGCCAAAGGAGAAAUCAUGCGCCCACACGAGCGAUCCCUGCUGGCAUUCGUCAUGUGCUUGCUGGCGUGCGGCCCGGCCGCUUCGUCUCAACCCGAGGCGCGGCCGGACGGCGACGGCGAUCGGGAGCUGCAGCUGGAGCUGGAACUGGAGCUGCGUCGCCACCGGAUGGCGCAACAAGCGGCUCACGGCGCCGGCGACCUGCCGCAGGAGUGGAGCGAGCGAGUGGCCGAGGAGCUGCUGGAGAGGAUGUCGCCGCCCCGGGCCGAAAGCCGGCGGACGCCCGAUCUCUUCUCGGCCAGGAUGCCGGCCGAGCGCUCGGUGGAGCCCGCCAACAACCUGCCCCCCCGCGAGCGCAAGGCCGGAUGCAAGAACUUCUACUGGAAGGGCUUCACUUCCUGUUAGCCGCCCACCUUGCCUUGCUUUGCCUUGCCUUGCCUUGCCUUGCCUUGCCUGAAUAAAGAGACCAAUCG